UUUGUUUACGUGCUGGCGCCACGUAAAGCCACCUCCGUCAAUCUGUCAAUCAAAUCGUCAGUCGCAGCUGUUCUCAGACCAGUCAGCGUUCUUCCCGGACCCCAGCCAGAGGGCUUCUCCAAGCAGCUCCGCCGGGCACACCCGACCUUAAAGACGUUGUUUUUUUUUUCCUCCGAAUAUAAAGCGCGGCUAAGCACCGCAGUUAAACUUGGUUUUCUGCGCUCCGCGUCGUCCCUGUGACAUGCCGGUGUUCGUGGAGGACCCCGCUCGUCUCUCGAAAUCUAAACUGAGAUCAGAGCUAGUCGCCCACAAUGUCGAGCUGCCACCGGCCAGGAGCAAAAAGGAGGUCUAUGUGGAGUUGCACUUGAAGCACGUCGAUCGGAAAAGGGCAGCGGAUUUUUCUAGCGACGAGGAGGAUCAGGUACAAGAUGUAACUGACAAGGGGGAGAAUCCAGAGGACGCGGAGAUGCCCGACCCAAGUGGACUGACUGAUGAUGACCUCAAGGCUGCGCUGCUAGAAUACGGGGAAAAAGCUGGGCCCAUUGUUGCCUCCACCAGGGCCUUGUAUGAGAAGAGGCUCAGCAGACUGCUUCAGUCUGAAGGACAUGACAAACUUAAUGGAGCAGAGAAAGGUAUAUUGUACUCUGACAGUGAAGAAGAGGAGGAAAAUGGGGAAGAGGAGGAUGCGGAGUCAGGUACUGAAGAAGGAAAACAAGAAACAGUUGAACAGUCGGACCAGGCACAGCAAGAGAGCAGCCAGGUAGAGAUGUAUUUUCAGAAUGGUGGUUUUGCUUACCCACAGUGCUUUUUACCCUCAUCGAGACUGCGUGCUCGUGCUUCUAGAAACAGGGAACCUAGUCCCAAAUGGAAUUUGGGAAGUGCGUCAAAAUCAUCAGAGCGGAGUUUGUCUCGCUGCUCACAGAUUCCCUCAGGAAUUAGUGGAGCAUCCUGUGUAGAUCAACGAUUAGGAUCAGGGGUUCCAUCUGGAUCACAAUUAGCUAUGGCCAAUGGUUGCUCAUCAUUUUCCUCGGAAGCCUUCAGCAUCACUCAAAUGAUCGAAGAGAUGGAGAGUCGGAGGUCACUCUCUACUAGUAAAAACACUGAGAGAGAGUUGAACGAGAGCAAUGUGAAGGAAAAUUGGUCGCGGUCCAACAGGCUGGACAUGCCAGUUGUGGACAACGGCACCAUGAAGAACCAGUCCCUGUACUACACCCCCAAGACUUCCCCUCAUGAAUGGGGAAUGAAGCUUCCUCAGGAGCCUGUGAAGAAUACUUUCAAGGAAAUGUUUCCCGAUGCUGAGACCACACCCACGGGGAUCUAUGCCACUCGUCGGAGACCCAUCAAGGGGGCAGCAGGGAGACCUGUCCAGUACGCGUACCCAGACACUCCCGUCAGUCCCACGACCCUGGAGAGACGAGAGGUGGAGCGUCGCCUCGUGCCCAUCCAGAUACAGAUUUUGGUCUUCCUCAUUGUGGCAUGCCUCUUGUACCUCAUUUAUGUUUGUGUUGAUGACAACUCAUUCAGUCCGUUUGCGGCCUUACUGGACAGUCUAAACCAGGGGUCAGAUAUUUUAAGAGGGGCUUUUGAUUCAGACUGAGGCACAGAACGCACCAGCACUUUCUGGACAGGAGUAAUUAUGUGUUUUUUAACUGUCUACAUUGACUUACAGAUGUUGUUACUUUUUUGUUUAUGCAAGCCUUAAUGACUUUGUACUUUGUCUCCGGGGAGCACAUUUUAAUUUAAACACUGUGUUUGUGCCUUUAUGGGAGCAUACCUCAAAGUCCACUUUUACAUUUUACAUUUUUACUCAUACAUAUGUUUUGCUUAUGGAUGUGUUAGCAAUCUUGUCCCUAUAGUUAAAAUAAUUCUGUAAGCAUAUAGAUGCCGUCAAAACAUUAAAGACCUGGAUGUUUUGUCAAAUGUAAAAAUAAUGAGAAUUUUCUCAUUUUUGUCUAUUUCCCAACGCAAGUUGUGUAACCUGACUGCACCUUUUCAAGGAAUUGUCACUGUAUGUCAUUGAUGUGCCUUAUUUUUUUUUAAGCAUUUGAAUCAUAUUUCAUUAAAGGAUGUUUUGCUUCAUA